UCUCCGCUUCUGCUCCCAAACUCCGCGUAGGCCUUGGACUCCGUGGCCCGCGCAGCGCCGGGGCCCUUCCAGGAGCCGAGCCCCCGGCGCCCCGCACGGGCGUCGGGUUUAGGUUGCCCCCGCGAGCCCGGUCCCCGCCGAGGGAAGGGCAGCCCCAGUCCCGGGACGGGGAGGGGAGCCGGCGGACGCGACUCGUCACCGGGUCUGCUGCUUCUGCCCUGGUGCCUUUCUGACCUCGGGGUCUGAGUUCUUCCCUUCCCGGGAGCCACCGACUCCUGCUGGUCCGCCCAGUCGGCUAUUUGCCGCGGAUGCCUGAGGCUGUCUCCUUUACCAGCUGACGCGCGGGGCAGGGUGCUUCUCACCCGCUUUGGAUCCCCAGGCUCCCGCAGCCUGCCCUGCGCCCGAUCGGUGAACCUCCGCAUUUAAAUGAGUUGAGGGACGGGAGGCUAAAACCUUGUUCUAAGUCGUGACUCUGAACACCUCCUCGUUGGAUGCCCAGAACAUUUUGUAAACUCUGAGUCCGUUUCUUAUUCGUAAAACUUAAUGGCACCCAAUCUUAGGACCGCGGAAAGAGUUCAUUGCUUAGCAUGAAGAGUUUUGCAAGUGUUGAUUAUUAUUACGUGAAGUAGAAAAGGAAAUUGAAUAAGCGCCCCACUUCCAACAAGUUGAAGAAGGGAGGGAGUUCGGGGGGGGGGUGUGCCAGAAGAAACAAGAAGGAAAAGGGGGUGCACUGUAUGUGCAACAGGAGUGGACCCCACUGGGGACAACGAAAGACUGCUCCUUCCUGGCUAAAACUCAAAAUUGCCUAAAGAUAAAUGUCGCCUCUUCAGACACAGGAGCCUCUCUCUGCCAGCUUCCCAGAGACAAAGUUUAAAGGUUAAGUAGACUGGGUUUAAAAGUAAAACUUAUCAUGGUAUCCAGUUGUGUAUAAAUUCCACCGAGUCUGAGCGAAGCACUUCAGUGGCUGAGUGAACGUCCCUUUGAGAUGUCACUGUCACGGCCACAUUCCUAUUGCCCGAGGCGGUCUCCUCAGCCUCCUUGGGCUGGGCCGGUGUGUAAAUCUCUGAAGCAGAAGCGGAUGUGCAUUUCACUCUGCCCACGGGCAGGGGCCUGUGAAAUGCCUAAGGACCCCCUGAAGGCCAUUCUGUUAGAGUUGGAAUGUCACUUUACAUGGAAUUUACUUAAGGAAGACAUUCUGUUUGAUGUGGAAAAUACAAUCGGGCAGCAGCUUGAGUUUCUUACCACAGAAUCCAGACUCACUCUUUACAACCUAUUGGCCUAUGUGAAACACCUAAAAGGGCAAAAUGAAGAUGCCCUGGCGUGCUUGGAACAAGCAGAAGACAUAACCUGGAGAGAACACCCGGACAAAGAAGAAAUACGGCGUCUGGUCACUUGGGGAAACUAUGCCUGGGUGUACUAUCACAUGGACCAGCUUAAGGAGGCACAGAGGCAUGUAGACAAGAUAGGGGCUGUCUGCAAGAAACGGUCCAGUCCUUCUGACUACAAGUUGGAGAGUCCUGAGAUUGAAUGUGAAAAAGGGUGGGCAUUCUUGAAAUUUGGAGGAAAGUAUUACCAGAAGGCUAAAGCGGCUUUUGAGAAGGCUCUGGAAGCGGAACCUGACAAUCCAGAAUUCAGCAUUGGCUACGCCAUCACGGUGUAUCGGCUGGAUGACGGUAACAGAGGAGGGCCUGCAAGGAGCUUGUCUCUGGGCCCGCUGAGGAAGGCUGUCACCCUGAACCCAGAUAACGCCUACAUGAAGGUUUUACUGGCGCUGAAGCUUCAAGAUGUACAUGCAGAAGCUGAAGGGGAAAGGCACAUUGAAGAAAUCCUGGACCAGAUAGCUUCCCAACCUUACGUCCUUCGUUAUGCAGCCAAAUUCUACAGGAGAAAAAAAUCCUGGGACGAAGCUCUUGGACUUUUGAAAAAGGGCUUGAAGGCGACGCCCACGUCCUCGUUCCUGCAUCACCAGAUGGGACUCUGCUAUAGGGCACAAAUGAUCCAGAUCAAGAAGGACACGUGCAACAGGCCUAAAGGGGAGGAUAAACUGAGAGUCGACAGGCUUAUUGCGAUGGCUCUCUCUCAUUUCAAAGCAGCUGUGGAACGAGACUCCACGUUUGCGUUUGCCUACACGGACCUGGCCAACAUGUACGCUGAGGGAGGCCAGUAUAGCAAGGCUGAAGACGUUUUCCAGAAAGCCCUUCACCUGGAGAACAUAACUGAUGAUCACAGACAUCAGAUCCACUAUUACUAUGGCCGCUUUCAGGAAUUUCACUGUAAAUCAGAAAGUACUGCCAUCCACCAUUAUGUAGAGGCCUUGAAGCUUAGAGACCGGUCACUCCUCCGGACCAAACUAACAAGUGCUCUGAAGAAAUUGGCUGUCAAGAUACUUAGUCACGAUGCUUCAGAUGUGCAGAGUUUAUGUGCCCUGGGGUUUGUUUACAAGCUGGAGGGAGAAAAGAGGCAAGCUGCUGAGUUCUAUGCUCGGGCCCAGGGGGUAGACCCAGAAAAUGCAGAGUCCCUUGCUGCUCUCUGUGAGCUCAGACUUUGUAUUUAAAUACACACUCUAGGAAAUUACUUUGAAGAUUUUCUCCUCAUUGUGGGUUCAAGUAUUCUUGUUCAUUGUUUUAAUCUAUUGUUAAUUGUAGAGCCGAUUUUUAUUGAAUGUUUACUGUGUAGCAGGCAUCAUGCUAAAUAUGAAUCUUUCACUGUUUUUUUUUUCUAAUGAAAAUAGUGUAAUCCAUUUGGCAACAAAAACAUUCCAGAUGUUGUUACCUUUCAAAAAUGGGAGGGCUGUUAUGACUUUACACCUCGAUCUCUGCUAUUUAUAAUAAUUUUCUGAUAAAUUUUUUGUCAAAUUUCACAUAUUGCUCACUUAUGCAACAAGCAUAAUCUUGCCGUAAGCCUUUGACCCCUAGGUCAAGAACGGACUUUCGGCAAAAUGGAAAAUUCUGUUAGUUAAGCUCUUAACUGUGUAGCUUGCCAAAGAUGGAUCCUAUCCAGUUCUGACUCUGAGGAAGGUAUUGAACCAUGAGCCCGCUAGUCACUUAAAGAAUCCUCUUUGUUGAAAGAAAAAGUUCUGAACAGUAAAAAGUCUGCUGUCUGUGAUGACCUCAAUGAAAGGAGAAAAAAACUAGAACAGGGGAAAAAAGAUUUCUUUAAAUAC